AUGCGUCAGUUCGAGGACUACGUGCUCGAGUCCUUUGACCACACCACUGGCUGGUACCAGGAUAACAGCUAUGAGAGCCUCAACCGGACUGCCGACCAGCUCAUGCAAUUCCGCCUCCCCACGGGCUUAAAGCUUUCCUUCUCAUCCCUCGCGACACCGAACUUUUCGACGUCCUAUCAUCUCGGUGCCGGUGGCCGAUUCGACGGCUCAAUAUGCUACCUGUUUUCUUCCGUGCCGUUGAAAAAUGUCGUAUCCAGCUCCGAGUCGAUACCGCUCACGGCCUUGCUGCGUUCUUACAGACAGGUCCAGGAUCUGCCGCCGUUCCAGCCUAGCCAUGGCGCGGUGCCUCCAGCCCCAACACCUACUCCAGGGGAACGUCUUCAAGAAUUCGUAAAGCAACCAUGGCUCGUGUUUGGACGCAUGUUCUUGCCAGAGUCGAUGCUGGAGGCACAAGUGGUGAAGCGCGCCUCGCCUAAUCUGAGAUUUCAAGUCAAGGGCGUAAGCCAGGCCGAUCUGCCUAACGGCGGAACCAUACUGGGAAGCGUGCAGUACACGAAGCCGCGGUAUGGCGUCGCGGGACUGCUAUCUACGGACGGAGGCCUUCUUGGCUUUAGGGGUUUAUACAAUUUUGGUGGCGACACGACCCCCACGACAUCAUCGCCUCGGGCCGUUGGUGGCGACGAAAACGGUGGGGCAAAUGGAUGCGACGAACGUGAGCGCAUAUACGGACGUUUCAGUGCGGGCGGAGAGCUCUACUACGGUGUGCUCAACAAAUCGGCCGGCGCAUCUCUGGGUGUCCGGUUCGCAACACUACCGGCACACAGCGGUACGCCUCUGACGGCGACGUUUACUCUUGCCCCACUGAUGGGCAACAUCAGCUCCAGCUUUGCUGUCAUGGCGCGCCAGAGCUGUUCCCUAGCCACCAGGUUUGACUUUAACGUGUAUAGCUACGAGAGCGACUGGACUAUCGGCAUGGAGCUUUGGGGCAAAGGCCGGAUGGCCGGGCUGAUUGACCGGCGCCUGGAAGAAGAGGAAGCUCAGAUUGUGCCUGUUGAUAUGGGGCCAGCUGAGAAGAAGAGGGAGAGGAGUUUUCAGGCCAAGAUGGAAUGGAGACUGGACGAAGACGACGAGACCGAGCCUCCUCUUCCAAAUAAACGGGAAGAGGAGUUCUCUGGUGUACUCAAGGCGCGAAUGGAUCAACACUCCAAAGUCGGGUUGCUGUGGGAAGGCCGUCUCAAGUCCCUCAUCUUUAGCUUGGGCACCAGCGUGAACCUAAGCAAGCCCGAGCAGUCAUUUCGCAGUUUAGGCCUGGCAAUACAGUACUCAUCAUGA